GACAAUGAAAAUGGCUGACAUGGAGACGUUUGUGUUUGACAGUAGCAGAGAACAUGGGGGAGAGGAAGUGGAGAGUUCAGAGAGGAGUGGGAAUGAGGAUAAUGGUGAUUGCACAGGAGAGGAGUUGACAGGAGAUGGAAAAGACGAGCUCACGAAGCAUGAUCCUAAACACAAGAGAAAGAAACACAAACACCGCAGCAAACACCGGAAACACAAGCACCCGUCACCAGAAGACAAGGACCGCAGACACAAGCACAGGCACAAACACAAGAAGCGCAAACGCAAAGAUUCAGCUAAAGGGGAUGAUGCUGGGGAUAAUUUCCAGGAGGGAGAGGAGGAUCUCUCCCCCUCCUCACUGAAGAGACCCAGGCUGGAUGACCUGGCUGUUUUGGAGGACCUGGAGAAGCAAAGGGCCAUGAUUCAGGCUGAGCUGGACAACGAGCUGAUGGAGGGCCGGGUGCACUCCGGCAUGGGCCUCAUCCUGCAGGGCUACAACUCGGGCUCAGAGGAAGACGGCGGUGAGUUCCAGGAGAGGGUACGCAACGGGGAACAGUUGCGGGGACAAGGCGGCGCGUACUCGGGCAGGGAGGCGGGGAGAAGCCGAUGGGACUUCACAGAAGAGGCCGCUUUUGGCUCCAGACGUCGCAGCCGAAGCAGGUCCAAGGAGCGCGAGGCGAAGCAGCACAAGGACGAGCGGAGAAAGAGCCGGAGCGAAGCCGAGCCGGACCCAAGGCAUCAGGAGAAAGCUCCCCGCAGGCGGUCUCCAGAAAGGAGCUCCAGAAGUGCAGACCAGUCCAAAGAGAGAAGAACGUCGUCGGUGGAGAAAGCGGGCCAGCACUCCCAGUCACCCGAGGCCCCGCUGGUGGGCAGCACGGUGAAAAGAGCGCCCUCGCCCUCCACGACGGCGCCACCGGGAGAACAGAAACCCACGCGGUCCAAAUCAGCCGACAGGAGGAGCCUGUCCAGGGAGAGGCGCUCUCGCUCCAGAGAGUGGAGGGCCAAGUUGCCAGAGGCCGAGAAGGAGAAGGACAAAGACAAGAGGCCAGGCAAGUCCCCCACCAAAGAGACCUCGUCGGGGAAAGAGAACCGAUCGCCCAGCCGCAAGCGGGGGCCCAGCCCCCAGCAGCACAGUGCCUCCCCCAGGCGAAGGGAGCACCACUCCCCUCAGCGUGUCGACCGGAGGUCCGCCCCAGGCUCCUCCACAUCCCGCUUCAGAUCUCCAGGCAGAAGUGGGCACUCACGGUCUCAGGAGAGGAGGAGAAGGGAGGGGGAUCGUCCGAGGCCUUCACCCGUCAGAACACGUCCACGGGAAGAAGCGUCAGCUAGAGGCCGAGAGGGGACAAGGGAGAUGAGCCCCACAUCAGGAGGGAGACGAAGGCCCAGUUGGUCGCCCCAGAGGCGCAGAUCGCGCUCUCCCAGGAGACGAAUCAGCAGGUCUCCUUUGAGACGCAGGUCUAUGGACAGGGACAGACUGGGUCGGAGACUGCGUCGGCGCUCUGGUUCACGAGAGGGUCGCCCUGGGAGACGAAGCCGGGACCGAGAGGACAAGUUCAAGGGCAGCUUGUCCGAAGGCAUGAAGGCAGAGCAGGACGAGUCUGACGACGAAGUGCUGGUGGAUUUUGAGGUGGACGAAGAGGAUGAGGAGGCUCUCAUUGAGCAGAGAAGACUUCAGCGUUUAGCCAUUGUGCAGAAGUACAAGGGGGGGAAUGAGGACAGCAACAAUUCGGCCCCCUCGGAGCCCAACAGUCCCCAGAGCACCCCCCGCAGUCGCUCGCCGUCCCCCGAUGACAUCCUGGAGCGCGUGGCCGCCGACGUCAAGGAGUACGAGCGCGAGAACCUGGAUACCUUCGAGGCCAACGUCAAGGCUAAGCAGAAUUUGCUAGCCCAAGAGAAAGAUGGAUCCGGUGCGAGAAAGCCAUCAGCGCCGGAUAUGUUUACGGAGUCCGAUGACAUGUUUGCAGCCUACUUUGAUAGUGCAAGGCUACGAGCCGCUGGCAUUGGGAAAGACUUCAAGGAGAACCCCAACCUCAAGGACAACUGGACGGACGCAGAGGGCUACUACCGAGUAAAUAUUGGGGAGAUGUUGGACAAGAGGUACAGCGUGUAUGGAUACACUGGACAAGGUGUGUUCAGCAACGUGAUCCGAGCCAGAGACACGGCCAGGGCCAACCAGGAGGUGGCCGUGAAGAUCAUCCGUAACAACGAGCUCAUGCAGAAAACGGGUCUUAAAGAGCUGGAGUUCCUAAAGAAGCUGAAUGAUGCUGACCCUGACGACAAGUUCCACUGUCUCCGGCUCUUCAGGCACUUCUACCACAAGCAGCACCUGUGUCUGGUGUUCGAGCCGCUUAGUAUGAACCUCCGUGAGGUGCUGAAGAAGUAUGGCAAAGAUGUGGGGCUGCACAUCAAAGCUGUGCGGUCCUACAGCCAGCAACUCUUCCUGGCCCUCAAACUGCUCAAGCGCUGCAACAUCCUCCAUGCUGACAUCAAGCCAGAUAACAUUCUGGUGAACGAGUCCAAGACCAUCCUCAAGCUGUGCGACUUCGGGUCAGCCUCACAUGUGGCCGACAACGACAUCACUCCAUACCUGGUCAGCCGUUUCUACCGGGCACCAGAAAUCAUCAUUGGGAAGCCGUAUGAUUAUGGACUGGACAUGUGGUCCGUGGGAUGCACUCUCUAUGAGUUGUACACAGGGAAGAUCCUCUUUGCUGGGAAAACCAACAACCACAUGAUUAAGCUUGCAAUGGACCUAAAGGGCAAGAUGCCUAACAAGAUGAUUAGAAAAGGCCUGUUCAAGGACCAGCACUUUGAUCAAAAUUUAAACUUCUUGUACAUAGAAGUAGAUAAGGUUACUGAGAGAGAGAAGGUCACCGUCAUGAGUACCAUUAACCCCACCAAGGACCUGCUGGUCGAUAUGAUUGGCCGCCAGAGACUUCCGGAGGACCAACGUAAAAAGGUCAUGCAGCUCAGAGACUUACUGGACCAGAUUCUCAUGCUGGACCCGGCCAAGAGGAUCAGCAUCAACCAGGCCCUGCAGCACCCCUUCAUCCAGGAGAAGAUCUGAGAUCUCACAGCUACCCCUCCGGACUCAUGAGGACUCUCACACUUAAGUACUCCACAUCCUGCCCAAAACGUGCUGCAAAACAGUACAUUUGUAUCCCACAUUCUUGACUUUGACUUCUUUUUUUUUUUUUUUUUUUUUUUUUAAGCAACACGCAUUUUUAAGCUUCUCGUUCCUUUGUUUGUGUGCAGUAAUAUAUCAAAUCAGGGGUGUAGAGUAUCUGUUUAGUUUGUUCUUGAAAAGGUUGUUGUAAAAUAUCAAGAAGAACUGCGCUGAAUUCUACUUUAAAAUGAUAUUUCAGAGAAUACGAUGUCUGUUCUACAUGUAAGUCUCAGAUUUGCCACAAGUGUAAGAUAAGCUUAGCUUUUUAGCUGUUGUAGCAGACUUCCUCAGAAUUGUAAAUAUGUUUCACUAAGCUUUUCAGAUCCCGAGUAGAAGGGGUUUUUGGGGGAUCAUUUGAAGUCGGCAAUGCUACAACAGAAAAUGUCAGUGGGCCUUACAGGAACUGUGGUUAGGUUUAGGUCCAGUUUCAGUUUAGAGCGAAGUACAGCCACCUGUAUAUAGGUGAGGUAUACAGUGUGGUCUUGGUAGUGUGGUUUAAGACCAGCAUAAAUGCUGUGCGUGUCCACGUCUCCCUCAGGUGUGAGAGCGAGAGCGCGCCCACCCCUUCCCCACCUCCACCGGUGUGCUGGCCCGCGUCCGCAUGCCCUCGCUGUAGGUGUGUCUCUGCCCAAUUUGGCAUCUCGGGGGUUCCGACUGGUGGCUCACCUGCAGGGGAAGUCCACCUCUUUUUCAGGCAGGUUGGGUACCACUUUCAGUACACUGAAGGUAAGCAUACACCGCCCUCCCCUCCCAAAGGCCCCCUCGGUUAGCUUCUCCUGGUGUUCUUAUCACUUGUUAUACGUGUCGUGCGAACAUCCUCUGACUCUUAAUUGAUUGAUUUGUUUGGGGGGGGGGGAAUUGCGGGGUGUCACCUGCAUGUUGCAAACUCUAAACAGGAACCUCCAUCCUUUUGUAGUUUUGGAUGUUUGUCAUCAGUUUUCCUGUUGAUGGUAUGGCCAUUCUAAUGCAAAAAAAUAAAUGAAAAUAAAACAUCAGAACAGAAUUAGAGAACACAUUGAGCCUAUGAAGUGCCCAGAGAGAGGGAUUCAGGGUAAGGGUGGGAAGGGGGGCCGCAGCACCUUCAGUGUACUGCUGCCUCUGUCCGUGCUGACCCGAUGUGCAGUGUGCUCUCCCAGUUUCCUGAUUUCACCCUUGAAAUGGCUGAAACUGCACAUUGACAUGUUUAAAACUCCAGUUGUGUCGCCUGCACUACCCCCUGUGUUCCUUUCAGUUCGAAUGUGCACUUUCCAAAGGCUGUUUAAAAUGCUUUUCUUGUGUUGCAUCCUCUGUUCUUAUGUGUGUUUGUGAUCAUGUUGUCUUUUGAUACAGGGGUAUUCCUGAUCUGGUCUUUGAAUCUGCUUGUUAUGAGCGGUAAUUGCUUCUUUACUUUAUUUCCUGAAUAAUGUCAAGGCCACCUUUUUGGAAGUUCUGUAUACAUCUACAGAAAGCAAAAUAGCAGCCAGUAUACUAUAAAGUAGUAAAUGUUUAACUAUUUUCUCUUUUUCUUUUUUUCUCUCUCUCCUGCAUGUUGACUUGACAGUUUGAAUUUAUUGUAAAUUCACAGUAAAUGUGAUCUGUUAAAGAACAAAAAAAAAAUAAAGAUGUUUUGUGAAGAGAGUAAUGACCAAGCAAGUAUGAAGACCUCCGGUCUCUCAUUUUGAAACAAGGCCGUUUCCGCAGUGAUUCUUCCGCGUCAGGGUUUAUUGAAUAGACUCAGUGUGCAUUGCAGGAAGCAGUAGAGCAUCCAGUUGUGUAUUUCCCACCACUAACUGUUGUUUGUGAUGUUUUUCCUGCUGUCCCCCCCCCCCACCCUCCAUCCCCCCUGGUUGCUGAGAGAGAGGCAGAGACCCAGUAUGCCCCCACCAGCCCAGCGGGGCUCUGCCUUGAGCACCCUCCCACCAGAGCCUGCCUCUGCUUUCACUGAGACGACACCUCCACAAGGCUGCUCACCCAGGUCAUUUCUAAUGGCAUGUGUAGCUGAGUGCCAAAGCCAUGUUAAGAUGUACAUCUGAAACACGGGGGUGGGACGGAUUAUAAGCUACAUUUACUGUGUGUUCAAGAUGAAAGAUAUCCCUGUAGGGCCCUUUCAUGGUUUUCGACUGCAUAGUUUACAAUUAUGGGGGCUUAGAGGUGAUUAUGAAAGGGUAAACUGUCUGCUGAGCCACAUUUUUAGAAGACUAUACUACAGAAGCAGAGACCUAUGUGAAGUUAUGCUUGGGUAGAUACGGGUGUGCAUGAAGCAGCAACUUCCUAAUUUAACAAAAGACUGUGGAGAUCCAAGUGUAUCCAAGUUAUUAUGUAGGCUAAUGCUCUGAAAUUGCUUCACAAAAGCUGUGAUUUGUGUAACCGCUUGUCAUAAGCAGCUACUAAAUCUAUGACUUUUUGUAUCUGUUUUAGAAGCGUGUGAUUGGGUUAAUCUAGUGCCUCUCAUACUUCUUUACAGCUAGCCAAUACAGGGGAAACCCUCAUACACAUCAGCAGCGUUUUCAGAUGCUUCAGUCUGUAUUGUCCUUGCAAGUGUGCAGCAAGAUGCUGGUUUACGUAUUCUCUGUUUUAGGUGCAGCCCCUUAGAGAAGUCUCACAAGGAACCUCUACUGGACAAAGGUUUCUGUUCUAGAGAGCGUACUUUUUAAAGUUUAAACAUGGCUGCAGUUUGCUUUUGUUCCCUUAUAGAUUAGAACAGCUGUUUUUAAGAAAUAAUACAUCAUAGUGCAUUUGUAGUACACUAUUAUACUUAAAAUUAUAAAUAUAUAUUUUACAUGUAGUACUGACUUGAGAAAGAUUUACAUGGUGAUAUUACCACACUUGACCUAUUAAUAAUUAAUUGGCAUAUCUUUGCCAAGUGAUCAACAUUGAGGUAAUGCCUUUCUUCUUUGUUACUGACCAAUCUGUACAGAUACAAGUAUGAUAACUCUGGUGACCUUAAAUAUCUGUGUUUUUCAGGGUAAGUCAGCUUCCUCCACUUCCUUGUUUGGCCAUACAAGACAUCAAGUCCCGAUUUCCCAUCUACCGCCUAGUGAUUGUGCUCUGUGGAGUCUAUUGUUUUAUUCAUCUUUAGGAAUGUUGAUGUCUACUCUUACGUCACAACUCUUUGGUGCAAGCAUGAACAUGCAUAGAAACUGUGGAGUACAUCAUGUCUUAAAACUUAAAAAUAAAUUGGAAUGAUUGUAACCUU